CCACGAUAAUUUCGCGCUGUCCCAUUUUUCUCACAUCAUAAAACAGAACAAAGAGUCUCUGAAAUAGAUAGCAUUAACAAUGUCGACACUGAAAGUUCCUCAUUCUCCUCCAUCUGUCUCCGAUGACGUUGAGCAGCUCCGCAAAGCCUUUUCAGGUUGGGGGACUAAUGAAGAUUUGAUUAUAUCGAUCUUGGGACAUAGGAAUGCUAGUCAGAGGAAGGUUAUCAGAGAAACUUAUGCUCAGACUUUUGGAGAAGAUCUCCUUAAGGCCUUGGACAAAGAACUUACUAGUGACUUUGAGAGGCUGGUCCAUCUUUGGGCGCUUGAAUCUGCGGAACGUGAUGCUUUUUUGGCGAACGAAGCAACGAAAAAAUGGACAUCAAGCAAUCAAGUUCUGGUGGAAAUAGCUUGCACCAGAUCUUCUGAUCAGUUGUUUUCUGCAAAGAAGGCUUAUCAUGUUCUUUAUAAGAAGUCUCUUGAGGAAGAUGUUGCUCAUCACACAACCGGAGACUACCGUAAGCUUCUAUUACCUCUGGUUAGUGCUCACCGCUAUGAAGGAGAUGAAGUCAACUUGACUAUAGCAAAAUCCGAGGCAAAGAUACUUCACGAAAAGAUUUCGAAAAAGGCUUAUAACGACGACGAUCUCAUUAGGAUUCUGGCCACAAGGAGCAAAGCACAAGUUAAUGCUACUUUGAAUCACUACAAGGAUGCAUUUGGAAAAGACAUAAACAAGGACCUGAAAGAAGAUCCAAAAGACGAGUUUCUGUCAUUGCUGAGAUCAACUGUCAAGUGCUUGACUCGUCCUGAGAAGUACUUUGCGAAGAUAGUUCGUCUGUCGAUCAAUAAGCGAGGAACGGAUGAAGGGGCUCUUACAAGAGUUGUGGCAACAAGAGCUGAAAUUGACUUGAAAAUUGUGGCUGAUGAGUAUCAAAGGAGGGACAGUGUCCCUCUUGAUCGUGCCAUUGUUAAGGACACCACUGGUGACUAUGAGAAAAUGCUUUUGGCACUCUUAGGACAUGAUGAUGCUUGAGAUACAUGUUGGUAUGUGUGUGUCUGUGUUUUUUUCCUUUUGAGAGAGGUACUAUGUGGUUUUAUAAGCUGUGUCUUCAGCAUGGUUGUUUUUCCUUUGUGUUUUUGUGAUUUUGGAAGUAUAAUUUGAAUUGUCAUGCAAUAAUGUAUCUUUUGUAAUUCACUAUAGUGACCUUAUGGUUACUUUUUCCAAGUUUAAUAUAUUUAUAGAUAGACAAUAAAUGGUUGUGUUGUGUGUGCAA